AAGAGCUGCAGUGCUAUUCUGAAACCCAAAAAAUUCCGUUCGAAUGUCACUUCGAAUUUCACUCUCGCUUCACUUCUCAUCUCACCUGAAGUUUGUUUGGUAUUCUGAAAUACGAAUCCGAAAACUUCAAGGCCAGGCGAAGUGAAGUGACAAUUGGAAACUUGAGUGAGUUUUGUCUAUGGUGCUAGUGCGGAAUAUCUUCAUAUCGAUAGUAAAAUAUUUAUUUUCAAAGCAUAUUUUGGUAUUAUAACUACUUAAAAAUAAUGAAUAUAUGCCAAAGCAAUGCCGUAUAUUCCAUUUGAACAUUGAUUUCUAUUCUUAAAUAUAAUUUAGCUAAGAUUUUAUUAACUCAAACGAGUAUUAAACGUUGCCAACCAUUGCUGUUACGUGUCAGAAAAAAAAAACAUUAGUUAGUAAACAUUAUCAAGCGGCAAGCGCUCUUGAAAUUUGAAAGUUUUAUUUUCAAAAGCUUCGUGUUUUCAAGUGGUUGUGUCGUGUUCACGGUGUUUUCUCAGCUCUAUUUUAUUAAAUAAUCGUUAGCAAACUUCGUACCUAAAAUAAAUCACCACAAUAGUAAUGGAAAGAGUACGGACUUCCCAUCCCUCUCCUGCGCAGUUGGAAGCUUUAGUACAGUUUCUGGAGAGAAAACCUAGUUUAGCGAAAGGGUUUUCAAAAUCACUGGGAGCCAAGCAAUUAGCUCAUAAAGAGUGGUCUAGAUUGGCCACUACUUUAAAUAGUAUGGGGGGGUGCAUUAAAAAUGACAAAAAAUGGAUAAAAUACUGGAAUGACAAAAAAAGUUUCAUAAAAAAAAAGGCUGCUGCUCGAGCUCGAGCUAGACGUCAAACUGGUGGUGGAAAUGUUGAAGUCCCCGAAUUGACCGAAGUCGAGGAAAGGAUUUUGACAUUGAUGGGUGGUGAAGGUUUUGCAGUUGGUGAUACACAUUUAAGAAUAGAACCUUUUCAAUCAGAAAAUCAAGAAAGUGAAAGUCCAUCUAUUUUGGCAAGAGGGCUCUACGAAGAGCCAAUACCUGGGACAUCCGGCGUUCUUUUAGAACAACCAAUGGAUUAUACACCUAAUGAAAUAGUAAUAGACAAUGCUGAGAGAAAUAAUUUGAACGCUAUUAUGGAUCAUGAAUUGGAGAAUGAAAACAUUACGUUGCAAAAUCAAGAAAUGUCUCCAGAAACUGUACCAGUAGCCUAUAAUACUGAGAAUGCUGAUAGUGUGCAAGUAAAUGUGUCAGAACGCAUUCCAUUACGUCGAAGUCGUCAACCGCCAUCUGUUACAUCAACCCCUAGACGCCCUCGAUGCCGAAGAAGACUCGUGCAAAAUAGAGUGUUGCCGUCCUCACCUCCGGCACAAAGGAGGACGCAACUCGUUGGUGUCACUCAUAAGUUCCUCGAGUUGGAAACUCGACGCGUCAAUUUGGAAGAAAAAUUAGUUUCCGUCAUGGAACAUUUUAUGGAGUACCAACGCGAUAUAAUCGAUGCUGUUGGGAAAUUAGGCGCGGGCAUGAGUUCUUUGGCAGAUGCCAUAAAUAGAACCAACACUUAGUUACUUUAAGUAGGUAGAUUAUAAUAGGUAAGUCAUAACUCAUAGUCAUAGUAAU